AUGUCAUCACCAGAUGAGAUGCUCGAGAAUAGGUUAAGAGAGAUAAGCAGACCAGUGGAUAUAUACCAUUAUUCACGCCCCAAAAUACAGAAGGUAGCAAAUAAUCUUCGAGAACGAACGGAUUAUAAGAGCCAUUAUCUUCCCAAGAUAGUAUCAAUGGGCCCUAUCCAUCAUGGUAUCCCAGAACUGCAGAUAGGAGAGCACUACAAGUUUAUUUGGGCAAAACACUACAUUGAAAGUACAGGACUCAGCUCAAAAGAUCUAUACCAAACAAUUGCAGAUAACUUUGCUGAACUGAAGGAUGAUUAUGCCGACAAUGUUUUCACCAUGGCCCGCAAUACUGAUCCAAAAAGCUUCGGUAGCUUUGACGAAAAGUUAGCAUGGAUGUUGUUUGUUGAUGGAUGUUCUUUGCUGUAUAUCUUAGACACAGACAAUCAUUUUGAUAACAAGGAAACGAUUAUGAAGCUUGUGAGUAGGGAUGUGCUUUUAUUGGAGAACCAGUUGCCGUUCAAGGUGCUGCGCUUGUUGUCCGGUGAUCGGUUCAAUUUGAUUGAAAGAGUACAACAAUUUCUAGAAUUUAAUCAUAUCGCUAAGAUUGGGGAUCAGGCAGAGUGUCCAUCGGAUAUAGAGACUACUCAUCUUCUUGAUCUUCUUCGCCAGACGCUUUUUCUCUGGAGCCUACGUCAGAUACGGAUUGUAAGAGCUGCAUAUCUUUUUAUGAUGGCGGGCAGUGGCAACAGUCUUGUAACAGACCUAGCACAUAAUUCGGAGAGACCUAAAAAUAGUAUUAUAAGCAACAGUGUUAUAAGAUACAUGAACAUACAGGAGCUGAAAUCAAACGGUAUCAAAAUAAAAUCAAGUAAGUCAAGCAGAAUAGACAUGUCUUUCUCCCACCGAUGGCUUAAUGGAGAAUUGAAGCUUCCUGAGAUUGUUUUAGACGAUAUAACAGUUUCUAUCUUCCUUAACUUGAUAGCGUAUGAAAUGAGUCCAGAUUUUAAUAAUGAUUAUGGGUUUAGCACAUUUCUGGUAUUCAUAAACUCAUUGAUUCGCCAACCAGAAGAUGUGAAAGACUUGAGAUUAGCAGGGAUUUUAUUUAGCAACUACGGAACUGAUGAAGAAUUGAUUAAGCUAUUCCAUUAUAUAACUACUGAUGCAGUAUCUAAUGCGAAACCAUACUCGGAUCUUUUUGAGAAAAUUAACAAGCAUAUGACAAAUAAAUGGAAGACUAAAACUGUACGUUUUCUAAGAUAUAUCCGCCACCCUUGGACUAACUUUGCAGUCCACUCUGCGGAGCUCGCACUUGCUUUUACAGUUAUCCAAACUUGGUUUGCUGUUCACCCUGCAAAAUCUUAA